CUGGCGCGGGCGGCCAUGGCGGCGGGGCGGCUGCCGGCGCUGCUGUUGCUCGUCGCCCUGCUGCUGGUCGGCAUGGCGGGACCCGGCGCUCGGGCGGCGCGGAGUCGCGGCGCCGAGAAGCAAAACAGCCUCCGCCGCGCCGCCAGCGGCCUCUACCAGGGCAUCAGCAGCAUCUUCGGCGAGGACAACGUGCGGGCCCUGCAGAAGUUUUUUUCAAGGUUGACUGAGAGGUUUGUGAAUGGGGUGGAUGUAUUAAUGGACACAUUCUGGAGAAUAUGGACUGAUUUGUUAGAUGUUCUUGGAAUUGAUGCCUCCAACUUGACUCAUUAUUUCAGCCCAGCUGCAAUUGCCAACAACCCAACCCGUGCUCUUCUGCUGAUUGGUGCCAUUUUACUUGCCUAUUGGUUUUUAUCUCUCUUCCUCGGAUUCUUCUUCUAUCUCCUGCACAUGCUGUUUGGCCGCUUUUUCUGGAUUGCAAGGGUUGCCCUUUUCACUCUCUCGUGUGUGUACAUCCUCCAGAAGUACGAAGGUGACCCAGAGCAUGCAGUCCUGCCUCUCUGCUUUGUAGUAGCAGUCUACUUUAUGACAGGGCCAGUUGGAUUUUACUGGAGAAGAAACAGCAACAGCAGCCUCGAGGAGAAGAUGGACCACCUCGACAGUCAGAUCAGACUUCUGAACAUACGUCUUUCCAGGGUCAUUGAAAACCUGGACAGAGGCAGUGACCAAUGAACCAGCUCCUGCAGACCACUGUACACCAGCUCUAGAAAAUAAAUUCCUAAGCACUGUCUCAUUUGAAGUUACAAAGCAACAAAACAUCACAUGGUAAAAAGUGUGGAGAGUUAUAACUUUUCAUCAUGUGUAAGACUAAUUUAUCUAGAUUAUACACUCAGCCAUUAUACUUGUAGGAAAUAAACAAACAAACA